UCUGUUGCGCGGCAUUCUGGGCAAUACAAAAAAAUAACAAACAACACGCACAAGUUCGUGCUCCGCACAACUCACUCGAAAUCGUGUUUUCUUUCAUUGUAGACUACAGACUGAAAUUAUGUCCUUCGCCAAGGACAAACCCAACGACAGCGAUGAACCAGGCCCGGAGCAUCUAAAAACCCUGUCCGCCAGCUUCGGCCACACAUCGUUCCGGCCGAUGCAGUGGCGCAUCAUCCACUCCAUCAUCGUGCAGCGGCGGGACAACUGUGCGAUCAUGACGACCGGUUACGGCAAAUCGCUCACCUACCAGUUCCCGUCCGUCUUUCUCGACCGGCUGACCUUCGUCGUAUCGCCCCUGAUCAGCUUGAUGCAGGAUCAAGUGAUGGCGCUGAACCUGUGCAACAUACCCGCCUGUCUGCUCGGCUCGGCCCAGAAAGAAUCGCGCCUGGCGGACAUCAAAGCAGGCCUGCUGCGCGUCGUUUACCUUACGCCCGAGUACAUUGCAACCGACGCUGGCGAGUCGCUGCUCCGAGCGGUGCAGGAUCAGCUCGUCCUGUUCGCGAUCGAUGAAGCGCACUGCUUAAGCAAAUGGGGCCACGAUUUCCGGCCCGCCUACCGCAAUCUGGGCGUGAUACGGAAGCUCUGCCCCAAGGUGCCCAUACUGGCGGUUACUGCGACGGCAACGCAAAAGGUGCGGGACGAUAUCGUUGCCUCGCUCGGGCUGGUACGGCCCCAGGUGCUCUGCACCGGGUUCGAUCGGCCGAACCUGGAGUUUAUCGUGCGGCCGAAAUCACCGCUCGGCCCGAUGCACGACAUACAGCCACUGGUGGCGGAAAAUCGGGACGGAAGCACCAUCGUCUACUGUCUGACGCGCAAGCAAACGGACGACAUUGUGGGGCUGCUGCAGGCCAAGCGCAUCGACUGUGCGCCGUACCACGGCGGCAUGUCGCUCAACCGGCGGAAGGAGGUGCUGGAAAGCUUCGUGACCGAUCGGGUGCGCGUGAUCGUGGCAACGAUCGCGUUCGGCAUGGGCAUCGAUAAGCCGGACGUGCGGCUCGUCAUACACUACGGCGCGUCGAAGGACCUGGAAAGCUACUACCAGGAGGCGGGCCGGGCGGGCCGAGACGGCCAGCCGGCCCGCUGCAUCAUAUACUGGAGCGCGAGCGAUUUCAAAACGCACGAAUUUCUGCGAUCGGAAAUCCCCAGCUCGGUGAAGGCAACGCAGGAAGAGCUCGGCCGCCGGAUGGCCGAGUACGUGGAGCUGCGCGACUGUCGGCGGCGGUUCAUACUGAACUACUUCGAGGGCGUCAUGCCGGCCGAGGCGCACAAAGCGGAGCAGGGGCAAGCGUCCGCACCGAGGCUCCGCUGCUGCGACAACUGUACGCGCGGCGGUUUGGCGAAGGAUUGCGAGCGGUACGAGGGGAUCGAUGCGGACGGCUGCUACAACUUUGCGCCCGACGCGGAACUGUUCCUGAAGGCGAUCGGGGCGUUUUAUGGCGCGGUCAGCAUGGCAAUGCCCAUCAUGUUGCUGCGCGGUUCGAAGAACAAAAAGCUGCCCGAACGGUUCCACACGAACGCCCUGCACGGGAAGGGCAAACAUCGGGACGAGGACUGGUGGAAGGGGCUCGGCACGCUGCUCGAGCGGGAAGGCUACCUGAGCAAGACGAAGAUCACAAACCAGUUCAACAAAUUUGCACAGGGAGUGCACUACCAGCUUGCACCUGCCGGGCGCCGCUGGCUUGCGGACGGUGGCAAAGAUCGCAAGCUGCUACUCAAACCCACCACCACCAUGUUCCGUUCGCUGACCGUCAUUAAGCCCGCCGCACUGUACGAGACGGCGCAGCUGCCGGCAGCCCGGCCGCCCGCAACACAGCAAGAUCUGCGCCAAGAACUUGUCAAGUCGUUGCUGAAGAAGCGGGCCGAGCUGGCGACGACCUACGAGUGUAUGCCGUACAUGAUCGCGUCGAACGCGGCCCUGCACGCGAUGGCCACCCGGCAGCCGCUCAACCUGCAGGAGAUGAAGGACAUCCAGCUGGACGGGUUUUCCGACGCGAAGCUGCAAAAGUUUGGGCGCGAGUUUCUGGUGUGCAUACAGCAGCAGCGCAAUCUGCUGCCCGGUGCCAGCAGCUCAACGACGCAGCACCAGCCCAACCAACCCACGGUUGAGGGGCUGUCCGCAACGAAAGCCACGAGCUAUAGUUUGUGGAAAACGGAGGGCAAAUCGAUUGCCGAGAUUGCCGCUAUAAGAAGCCUCAAGGAGGCGACCAUCAUCGAGCACAUACUGGACGCGGUACGGGCGGGGCUGCCCGUUGAGGAGCGCGAUGUGAGCCGGCUGGGUGUGCGGGAGGAUGUGUACGCAGCGAUUGCGAUGCAUCUGCCCGCCGAUCUCGGUCAAUCGAUUACGCUCACCUCUAUUAAGGAACGCUGUCCACCGGAGAUUACGUUCAAUCAGGUAAAGGUUGUGCUGACCUGGGAGCGAUGGCGACGGCUGCAGGCGAAGAAAACACCGCCAGCUUCUCAACCGAAGCCGGUGUUGGCCGAAAAGAAGGUGACGAAAGAGGUCGACGAAGAAGAAGAGAACGCUUUUAACGCUUCACUACAGGACAUGAUCGACGACGACGAUGAGGAUCUGUUCCCAACGGACGUGGACGCUAGUGGUGUCCCACAGAAAAGUUCCACCGAACAACCGCACCAGAACAACACAUCACCGUGCAUGGACGAUAUGUUCAACGAUGACGACGAUGAUAUGCUUGAUUUUGCCGAGCUCGAUCGGCUCGAAGCAUCGAUGGUAGGGCAGGAGGAGGACAUUCCAUCGUCAUCGUCGCCUACAAUCACUACUACUACCAGUAAUGUGCCAUCGGAUGCAGUACAAACGACGGCAAGCCAGCAUUCCACGGAAGCGAACGAUAGUAAUAGGCAGGAAAUCCCGCGGAACGCACCACCCCGGGAGCGCACCGUAAAUCUGAAGCGCAUUAUGUACGAGGACGACGAUGAAGACGACAAACCAUCAUCGUCGGAGAAAAAGAUGGCCGCGGACGACGCGGCGAAAGCAGCUUCCCGCACACGUACAGUUAAUUUAAAGCGCAUCAUGUAUGAGGACGACGAAGACGACGAUGAUGAUAGCGGUAAGGAGGAUAAGGAUUGCAACCGCCAGCACUUCUUCCAGCUGCCCAAACGAAUGGCCUGAAACGUGGAGAACUACUUUUCGCUUGUUUUGUUAACCUUUUUUGUGAAUAAAAACCCCCACCGUGUCAUGUUCCUGGGGAACGAAGACGUUCGAACAAA